GACAAUUUCCGGCGGGUCGACACUGGCCUGUUAGACCAGCCCCGACCAUAUGAUCCCUCUCGCCCUCCCAUUCUCCGUCGGUCUUCAACACUCUGAUCUCAAGUUCGAUCCCUUCAAGAAGUUCUAAGCUCUCUCUUGGCUUCGAAAUCUCCUCGCCCAGCACCACCGCAAAUCUCCCUACGACGGCAUUGUGACUCAAAUUAAACGAGCCCCAGAGAAUCCUAGCAGCAAAGCUGUGGGUGUAGAUGGUAUGUGCCGGUUUGGCCUUUAGACUUGCUAUCUUUCAACGAUGGCAGCAACCUUCGCCAUUCGACUCCUUUUUUCCUAUCUCUUUGACUGGGCCGUUGUUGCCAUCUUUGCAGCUGCCGGGGGUGUCUUGAACUAUAUCAGCGGCUAUCACAGACCCUUUUCGCUUACUGACGCUGCGAUCGCCUACCCGAACAAGCCAGAUAUUGUAUCGAUACCCGUCGUCUUUGUCGUCGCCUUACUUGCACCGGCAGGCAUCAUUGCGGUCGUGAAUUUCGGUGGACUAGCUUUCAAGAGCAAUCCAAAUCGUACAGGAAAAGAUGGAUGGCGCAAGGUAGUGUGGGAAGUGCAUGUCGGCUGGCUGGGUCUCUGUGCGGCCCUGGCCACGACGCUUUUCGUGACUGCUGGAUUGAAAGACAUGGUUGGGAAACCUCGACCAAAUCUCCUAGCACGUUGUGCUCCCGACUUGUCGAGCAUAUCUCAAUAUAUCGUGGGUGGAUUUGGAAACUCGCUCAACUCGGAAGCCGAGUCGCUCGUCUCCUCCGGCAUUUGCAGACAAUCCGAUAAACGCCUCCUUGACGACGGCUUCGCAGCCUUCCCUUCGGGACAUUCCUCCUUCUCCUCCGCCGGCAUGGUUUACCUCAGCCUAUGGCUCUACGCCCGCUUCUCGAGUGGAAUACCUUCCCCUGAUAUUACGCCGCAGCGAGGUCUACGAGAAAGUGACAGCUGGGGUACAGUCGCUUGGGCGAAGCAAAAGCAAGCAGCACCGUCUCUCUGGCGAAUUGCCGUCACACUUGCACCCAUUUUCGCGGCGCUUUUCAUCUGUGCUAGCAGAUACGCAGAUUUCCACCACGCGGGAUUCGACAUCAUUAGUGGAGCCGUCAUAGGGACAGUUAUCGGAUGGGCCAGCUUCCGGUUAUACCACCUUCCUGCUCGGCGAGGAUACGGACCAUUCCCCUGGCGUUCUAGAGAGAAGCUCAAGGGUCAUGGUAUCCCAGAAAAUGAGCCACCCCAAGAUGAAGAGCGUGGACCAAACUCCGACUAUGAAUUACGUUAUCUACCAGCAGCGGCUCCAGAACGAGUAUACACUGGUGGUUCAGGAGAACCUAUCCUGGCGCCUCCCAACACGGAACCGCCCAAAACCCGUUGAGGUCAGCAAGAUUCCUCGGUCGUCUUGCCGCUGUUUCUUGUCACACGGCACUUGUACCGGUGGAUUCUUUUGAGAAGGCGGAAAAACAAGCUAUACAGACCAAUCUAGGGUGUCAGGCAAGAGUCAAGGGCAAAGGAAGGACGCCGAAGAACUGGAAUGCAUAAACAUUGGAGGCCAGAAUGGGGGUGCACCUGGUGAGGAUCGCGGAGAAAUGUGAGGAAGAAAAUUUGGAGCCGAUUCUGGCAGCCGCAGAGAAUGAUAGACGUGUAUGAAGACAUUCAAAUGCCACGAGCGAAAGACCACAAUUCUCAAGAAUAUCAUCACUUUGGAACCACAAGCCUCGAGGGUUAGCUAGAUAUCUGGUCAAACC